CUCGAAUCGUUUCGCCGGUUCCCUACUGUUCCGUUUACCAUCCACUCGAACACGUUACACGCCGUCGCAUUAAUAUUUUCAAAUCGAAAUUGUUUAUCUUAAAGGUAUAUAUAUAUUUUUUUCACGUUUUGUUUUCGUGUUUCGUGCUAUAGAUCAAAAACAAAAGAAAAAAAGAAAAUAAUAAUAAAAGACAAAAAAAAAAAUUGAAGAAAAUACGGUUAAACGACAUGGUCGUCUGGUCCCAGUGUUUCGUAUUAAUAAUAGGCCGAGAAUGUCCCUUGGGCACAGCUCCAACGUGAAGCCGCCACCGUUGUUUUCGUAUUUAUCAUAACACAAUAUCUAGAUUUUCGUUUAAAAUAAAUAAAUAAAAAUAAAAUAUACGAAUUACGUAUAUAUACGUAGACUGCGGUAUAUUGUACCCGAUACACCUACAACUACGGUAUAUAUAUAUAUAAAUAUAAUAUAAGUUUAUUCGCAUAUAUCUAUCAUUAUAUUAUAUAUACAUCCGAAUCGCCGACAAGCUACCCGGACGUUGAAUAUAAUUUUAUUUUCUGAUAAAAGUUUAAUAAUAAUAUAUUAAAAACGAAAUCGUGUGUUCGGUUAUUGGAGCUGUCUUUAAAUUGUAACGCGAGUGCAAUUAUUGCUACUACUAACACUACAACACUGCUUAUAACAGUCGUUUGAAUCGAAAUUCAGCGAAUCUGAUGCAUGGAUACGUUAACCAGAAACAUGCCGUCCAAAAAGCAGUACAACCUCGUGCCCAACGAUGAUUACGACACUAGAAUACCUAUGCAUCCGGAAGAGGCGUUCGAGCACGGUAUUACAUUCCAUGCCAAGUUCAUUGGAUCUCUGGAUGUUCCCAGGCCAGUGAAUCGGGUCGAAAUAGUGGCAGCCAUGAGGCGGAUUAGAUAUGAAUUUAAAGCUAAAGGCAUAAAGAAGAAAAAAGUAUCCAUAGAAGUUUCUGUUGAAGGGGUCCGUAUUACUUUAAGGAAGAAAAAAAAGAAAAAACAAUGGACGGACGAGAAUAACCUGCUUCUAAUGCAACAUCCUAUUUAUAGAAUAUUUUACGUUUCUCACGAUUCUCAAGACAUGAAAAUAUUCAGUUACAUAGCUAGAGAUGGUUCCACUAACGUGUUCAAGUGUAAUGUGUUCAAGGCAAAUAAAAAGAGCCAAGCGAUGCGAGUGGUGCGGACGGUGGGCCAAGCGUUCGAAGUGUGCCACAGAGUCAACCCGUCCGAAGACGGCGGUGACAGGGACGACGAGGACGGGUCGACGUCGUUCAGACGUCGCGACGACGACGAUGACGACGACGACUGCGACGACGACGACGACGACGACGACGAUCACCGAGGAGACGAUUCGGGCGACGAAGACGACGAGGUGGACGACGGUUCCGCGUCGAAACGAGACACAUUCGAAAACCAAGGUAGACUGGAAACAUCUGUCGGAAACGAUUCUGUUUCAUCAUUGGACGGAGCUAGAAGGGACGGAGGCCCCAAUGAAACACAACGACCUUUACGACUAGAUAUCAUUCCACCUCCAUCGGCUUCGUCAGUCAACCACAGACGUUCCUCGCCAAUGAACGGCAGUGAAGUAUUUAGCUCCCCAAUGACUGAAACGUCAAAAAGCGACGGUGUCCCGUUGUCCUCUUUGAGCGUACAACAUGAAAUGCAAUUAUUGCGCCAGCAACUAGACCAGCAAACGCAUCAGACACAAGCUGCAGUGGCUCAAGUGCACAUGCUCAGGGACCAGUUGGCGGCCGAAACAACCGCCAGGAUGGAAGCUCAGGCGAGAACACACCAGCUUUUGGUGCACAACAAGGAACUGCUGGAUCACAUCGCCUCGUUGGUGUCGUUGCUGCACGACCAGGAAAGGAUCAGAAGUGAAAUGCAACACCAUUCGCUUCCCCCGCAUCCCAUGAUGUGUGACUUGCCGACGCCGUCGUCCGCGCCGGCGUCGUACCUGCCGGAAUUGCCGCCGCCGUCGCCCCGGCACAGGGCCCCGGCGUACCACAUGCCCAUGAACUUCGACUUCAACUUCAGUCAGCCCGCGCCGACGGUCGACCAACAGUUUCAAGCCCAGCUGCUGCAGCGGCUCCAGUCGCUGACCGGUACGAUAGCGGCGAACAGCGCGUCCGCCGCGGGCCCGUACCAACAGCAGCGACCCGCGGCGUACCAAUCGCACCAGCUGUACGCCCCGUCCGCGCACCAGCAGCAGCCGUCCACGUCGCCGACGCACAUCAACUGCAGACCUCUACCGCAGUCGUCGUACUCGGCGUCGCCGGUGGCCGGCCGGUCCGCGUCCACCGUCGACUGUUGCGGUGCCGCGAACGACGGCAUCAUCAAACCGCUGUCGGACGACCGGCAGGUGACCGUGGUGGUGGUCGACGACCGGACCGCCGGCGAACCGUCGCCGCCAUCGCCGCACCACCCGGAACCGCCGGAACCGUCGACGGUGCUGUCGCCGCCACCGCCCGGCAAGCAGCAAAAAUCGUUGCUGAAGGUGUCGUCGUCGUCGGCGUCGCCGUCGCCGAGCAGUGGUGCCAAUCGAGCGGCCUCCAAAAAGACAGCGUCCGCGGUGGGCAACGGCCCGAUAACGAGGUCGACCAGUGAAAAGGUGCCCAACAAGAGCAAUCUGAUGAGCCAAGUGCACCGGACGACCUGGGCCCGGCACACCACGAAAUAGAUCCGUCCGGGAAAUCCGUGCACGUUGUAAAUGUGUUUUGUUCGCCGGCCGAGUGCGAUACAAUAAUAAUCUAUAUAUAUAUAUACACACUCGUGUGUGAGUGCAUAUGCACUUCUAUCCUUACGAAGCGUACAACAAUACAAUGAAUCAUGUCGAGCUUAGGUCAGAUUUUACCGUUUGUCGCGUAAGCCGUUGUGUAAGUGCGUAUAUGUGUUUCACCCUCCCUCUCUCCAGGGGCGAUUUUUUUUAUCGUCGAACCACUCGUUAUUUCAAAAACAAUAAAGAACGUUUAUGAAAAUAUUUAUCUUAC